UUUUUAUCUUAAUGAAAUUGUUUAAUGUUAACCGCUGAAUUCUUCUGAUAUUGCACAUUAUUUCUGUAUCGGCAUAAUCUGCAGAAUGGGAUGCAGAUGUUUUUUUAAUUCUUUGAAUCCAGUUUUGGAUUUAAUGUUGCAUCUCAACUAAAUGGAUUUGAUUUCAAUCGAUGGAUUCUUCCUAUAUUCCACGUGAUUUCUGUACCUACUUAUAUCUCAAAAAAAGAAAAAGAAGAAGAAUUUUAUCGCAGAUGUCAAGCAAUGGAUUCUUCUUUAAUUGCACAUGACUUAUGUAUCUGUAAGACCUGCAGAAUAUUAUACAAUUUUUUUUGUUUUGUUUUUGUUUUUGUGUGUAUUUUAUAAAGUGAUUCGGUUUUGGAUUUAAUGUUGCAUAGCAGAGAGGAUUGUAUGUUUGAUGUCAACCGCAGGUUUCCUCUAAUAUUGAACUCGACUUUUGUAUCGGCUUAACAUGCAGAUUGUUAUGCUUUUUCCUGACGUAUUCUGUGAAAUGGUCAGUUUUUGAUUUAAUGAUAAUAAAUGAUAAUAUUUGUUUAUAUAGCGCCUUAUAUGAUAAUCACUCUAGAGCGCUGAACAUAGUAAAAACUGCAUGGUAUGUUAUAAAAGUAAAUUAUAAUGGCAGAUAAUAUCAAAACUACAUUAGCAGUUUAGCCAGGUCGGUUGUAAUGACACCGAAAAGAAGAGCAUUGGCGUAGUCGAGCUGAGAUGUCAUGGGGGAAUAUACUAAGCUAGGUCUUGCACGCAUCUUCUUUAAUGACCGACCGUAUUCGUCCGAUAUUACAUAGCUGAUGAUAGCAAGCACGGGACACAGAUGAAAUUUGCUUAAAUUGCAUGCAUAUUAUCUUAUCAAACCAUGUACCUAAGUUCUUCACAAACGGUGCUUCGAUGUCAUUAGCCUGAUUCCUCCUAUAUUGCACACGAUUUCUGUAUUGGUAUAACCUGCAGAAUGGCUUGCAGAUGUUUCUUGAUAUCUGUUAAUUGAUCCAGUGUUGGGUUGAGUGUUUUCAACCACUUAGAAAUGUUAUCCCUUACGCAAUUUCCGAGUUGCCCUAUAGUUCUUUCCCUUUGUGGAACUCUUACGCACGGUGAGACGCAAAACAUACUUUCGUCCACACGCGGUGGGUACAAAUGCUGAUCGCUGCCUUCAUAUAUUACUUAAAGGAUGACUAUUAGACAUCAUGCAACCACCCAAUCUGCUGGGACACACAAAUUUAGUAAGUUUGAGUAUUUGAUAAUGAUUGGUGUUUUCCGCCACACUCAAUAAUUUUCAGUUAUCUGGUGGCGCCCAGUUUUUAUUGGUGGAAGAGAGAACCCAGAUACAAUAUACCUGAGAAGAGACUACCGACCUUCCGAAAGUAAACUGGGAAACUUUCUCACUUACCGGCGCGAGUGGGAUUCGAACUCGCACCGACAGAGGUGAGAGGCCAUGUGAUUUUGAGCACGAUGAUCUAACCACUCGGCCACGGAAAUAAAAAAUAAUUUCAUAUUUAAUGUAAUGGCCUAGUUCAAAUAAAUAUUCUUCAGUUGAAUGUAUACCAAUGGCUGAUAUACACAAAAUUUACGCCUUCAUAACUUUUAUCCUUAUUUACAUAGCUAGUCUAUACAUCUUGUACCCACCAAAGUGUUCAACAGAACACUGAACGUACCUCCAUCACAGAAAAGCUGAUAUCUCAGAACUUGCUUAAUAAUAUUUUGCAGAUUAACCCAUCCAGAAAUCAUCAUUCGUCUUAUUUUGCACAAAAUAUCUGACUCUGUAUAAACUGCAGACGGUUAUAUAAUGUCCAUUUACUUGUGUAUACACCUGAUUUGCAAUUCAUAUAUAUGUAUGUACUCGUUUCCCCUACAUGCUGCAUCCACAUGUAGUUGGCAGUUCAUGUAAUCUGUAAUUAAUGUUGUAAACAUUUUUUGAAAUUUCCUUCUUUAUAAGCAGUCUUGCUGUUAUGCCCUCUGGGCCCAAAAUUAGAAUAAACUUAUCUUAUCUUGUAGGUGUUUCUUAAUGUAUUCAGUGAAUUGAUCCAGUUUUGAAUUUAGUUUUGUAACGCAGUGAAAAAAGUUUAUGCGUGAAGUCAGCCGAUGGAUUCGUUUUAUACUGCAAAUAAUUUCUGUAUCGGCUACCCUGCAGUAUGUUAUGGUCGUGUUUUUGCCGUAUUCUGUGGAGUCUUGGAUAUAGUGUUGUAUCCCGAUAAAAUGAGUUUAUGAAUGAUGCCAACCGCUGGAUUCUUCUUUUAUUGAGCAUGAUUUCUGUAUCUGCAGAACUUGCAGAAUGUUAUGCAGAUGAUUUUUUUUUGUUUUGAUUCUAUGAAAAGAUCCAGGUUUUGGGUUUAAUUUUGUAUCCCAAUGAAAAGUUUAUGCUUGGUAACCGCUGGGAUCUUCUUAUAUCGCAUAAGAUUUAUGUAUUGACAAAACCUGUAUAAUGAUAUGCUGAUGUUUCUUGAUGUAUUCUGAGAAAUUUGAUUGCCUCAACCUCUUUUUGUAUCAUUAAUAAAUUAGUUUAUGAUUGAUGUCAACAGCAGGGUUUUUCUUCUGUUGCACAUGAUUUCUGUAUCUGUAUAACCUUCAUAAUGUUAUACAUAUGUUUUCUGAUUUAUUCUGUGAAUUGAUGUAGUUUUAGAUUAAGUAUUAUAUCCAUAUGAAUAAAGUUUAUGUUUGAUGACUAUCGCUGGAUUCUUCUUAUAUUUCACAUUUUUUCUGUUUCUGCAUAAAGUGUCAAAGGUUGUGAUUGUGUUCCUUGUCGUAUUUUGUGAAGUGAUCCAGUUUUAAAUUUAGUGUUGUAUCCCAAUGAAAAGACCGUAAACUUUGAUGUAAACAGCUGGAUUCCACCACUCCCAUGCAUUUACCGAGAUUUAGACACUGUGCGCAAUCAAGAACCCUGUAUGUCCUUCUUAAAAAUCUACUUUUUAUAUGGGGCCAUCCACUUCCCUCUCAGCUACAGACCUUUUGCUGGAUCAGGCAAUGCAUGUUUUCUCUGGAAUUUCUUCCGCAACUGACCACGUGUCUUAGUUUCGUAUUUGCGCCCAUCUAGUGCGAAACUGUUCCCUGCUACCCUCGUUUUGGAGUAAAUAAGAUGGCGUCUGAUUAUGACAAUAAAAAUCAUAUUUUAAAGUUUGCAUUUGCAAAUGCGACACAUUCUUUAUGUUUUACCAAUGAAUGGUUUCCAAAUGCAGUGAAACUUUUACCGUUUAGGAUUAAACGAAGCAAUGCAACAGUUGGAGGCGGCGGCGCUCCAUUCUCAAAAGCUUUUUGUGAUAUUGACGGGCACAGUGUCGAGUAUUUGUUCGGGGAUGUAUUUCGAAAAGGUAUUACAUUGGUUACAAAGUAUUUGUCUCGGGAAACGAUACCAGAAGACAAGACAGAUAGACUUUUGCUUGGAAAACUUUUAGAUUUCAAAAAGGAAGAAAGAAGAAUAAAUCUUGACCCACAGAAGUUAAGUGAAAUUGAACUUACUGUGCUGUUGACAAAUCAUCUUUUUGGAAAACUUGCAACUUCCAACUGUUUCAUUAUUGACAAAGGUAUUCCUGGUAAAAAAGGUGAUCAGUGCUUUUGUGAUGAUAGAUCUUGCAAGAUGACAGGUCAAUAUGGGGAUACGAGUAUAGGAAAUAUAGAAGUUUGGCAUGGGAAUUUAGAUAUAAUUAUCAACAAUGACUUCAUUGUGGGACCAUUGGAAAACAUACCCGAUAGUCCUGGAGGAAAAGGUCCUGUUGAAGUGAAAGUGAAGCCAAAUGUCCUGUCUGGAAAUGCCCAGAUUAUAUCACAAACCAUAGUAUUUUCAUUCUUUAAGAAGCAAACACGUCCAGAGAGGAAACAUUUUUUAUCUCCAUGUAUUGGAGUAGGAAAUUCUUCAAUGAUUGUUAUGUUCUAUGAUUCAGAACAUGAUGUUAUCUUAGAAAGUUCUCACAUACCUUUAUUUCGUAGAUGUGGUGAGAACAAAUAUGAAUUUGAUGAUGCUGCAAUAUUAGUUUCCUGGCUAUCAGUCAAUUACAAGUUUUUGAGUUCAGGUUUAACAGAAGAAAUGAAAAAAUUUAAAAGUGGCUUUUUCACAGAAGCACAGGAAAAGAUAAAUGUGUACGAGGAGAAAUUACAACUAGGAAAUAUUGCCCGUUCUGUCCCAGUGCUUGAUUUCCGGAAAAGAUCUUUACACUGGAGUUCAUUUAUAGAGGAAACUGAAACUGAAUUAAUUGAAAUAAUUCACAGGGAGAAGAAAAGGAUGAAACUUUCUGAAUCAGACGGGCCAGACCAAAUGGGGGCAGGAACAAAUCAAUAAAUUUGAAUCUAUACAUGUCUCUGCAGUAAAUGUGAUGACAAUUUUAGAAAUCUAUUUUAGGCUUGUACGUAAUAUAAAUAUUGCAUGUAAUAUGGGCUAUUGGUACUUUGCGGAACGGAACGGAACCGAUUGUGGGGUACCCUAAGGGGGAAUCCACUGUAAAAAAAAUUUGGUUUUAAAAAUAAAAUACUGGACUUUAAUCUUCUAGUUAUAUACAUAAUUGUGUCCAUUGAUGCUGGCCUAAGAGAAGUAGAGAGUUGUAAAACAGAAUACCAGGAUUUAAAGUUGUAUUUUUUAAAUAUACAAUUGUGUUCAAUCAUCUGACCUUUACUACUGCGUUGGUAUCUGUAGUUAAUGUAUAAACUAUGCUUAAUUUUC